AUGUCUAGUCCAGAGCAUCUCACAGUGAAGAAGACGUCAUCUGCUCAGGAGUCAGCCAGGAGACAGAAGGAAUCUUGGGCUGCAAGAUUAUCUUCCACAUUUGCCUCGCCUCCCUCCGUUGAGAAGAUGAGAUCAGGUGAAAAACUAACAACCAACUUGAGAUCCAGUGCUACACCUCUCCGUUCUCUGUCCAUCUCUCCAAUUGAAGCCGACUCUCAUCCACUACAGCCUCUCACUUCUCUCAAAGAAAUGCAGGCCUUGUCUCUCUAUAAAACCCCAGGAAAUAAAGGUGCUCUGAAACUGCCUUCUCACUCCAUAACACCUGUUUCCACAACCUCAAGGGGCUCUAAGCGGAAUCCACCUGCUGCACAGGUUGAGCUGAGUCCAGUUCACUCAUUACUGAUCCCAACUCAACCCCUGGAGAAAUCCACCCUGCCCUCCCCACACAUCCCUCCAGACCUCCAGGAGGAGCAGAGAGGUGUGAUGAACAAAACCAGCCCAACAUCUUUUGAAAGAAGGUCUGUCAUUUCUGUGACAAUGAGCCAAUCCUCUCGCAUAUCUGUGAGCAACAUGGCCCUGAUGUGCACUGAACUAGAGAAAACACCCGCAUGCCAGAAAGGAAGUAAGGUUGAGAGACUAGAAUUUAAGUCAGGUCCAACAGCCGUCCACAAGCAUCUUGCCCUGAGCUACUCCGCUAGUCUUUCAGAGAGAGAUGAGGACAGUGAGGAGGACAAAGAGAAUAAGGCUCCUUCUCCCUCACAGCUAGCUCUGAAAAUGAAGCCCAGGAAGCUGUUUGGGCCUACUAAUAAAUCCUUCACUCCUAGUAAGGGCCCCAAUGUUAAACUGCUGAUGAAGGAUCAGAGCAGCUCAGAGGAAGAAGAGGAGGACAUAGUCACAGAGAACAGGAGAAGAAAGAGAAGUUACCAGAAAGGCCUGAAUAAAAGGGCCAAGGAAACAAUAAUAUCCACCGAGGAAGUGGAGACACUGUCAUCUUGUACGAAGUCCAGUUGCAGGCAUGCCAGUGUGGAGGCAGACAUCGAUGUGACCCAGCCUGCUCAGCAGGUGGGCUUUAUCUGCCAUCAGUUCAGCUCAGAGUUUAAGAGGAAGAUCAAGAAUCUCUGCAGGACAAUGGAUCUUUACACCAGGCAGACUUUGAAGACCUUACAGCAGCACAUGUCCUCCGUCAGUGUCCAAGUACACCAGUACAGUAGUAGUCAGAGGCUAGAGAAAGUUAAACAAGUCCUGGUGCGUGAAAUAGCAAACCUGGAGCAAGAUGACAUUGUUUUGAGAAGCAUGGAGGAGGAAUUGAUGAUGUCUUUGAUGAAGAAGAACAUGAAGUCAGUUCAGGAGCGUUUCUUCAAAGAAAUGCACGAGGAAGAGUUGACGAGUGUGAGAAGAGGACUGCAAUCCUUGUUCUUCCCUGAUACAUCGAGGUUCUGACCUGAGGGAAAAAAAAUCUGCCAUUUGAAAAUCACUUUAAGCUACUCCUAAAAUGUGUUUGUAUGCUUGGAUAUCAUUAAUGUUAUGUUCUUUUAAAUUUUUCCUACUCAAAA